AUGGUGCACGUCUCGUUUUAUCGGAACUAUGGGAAGACAUUCAAGAAGCCAAGACGUCCAUAUGAGAAGGAAAGACUCGAUGCUGAGCUCAAGCUUGUUGGAGAAUAUGGUCUGAGAUGCAAGAGGGAGCUUUGGAGGGUUCAGUAUGCUCUGAGCCGUAUUAGGAACAAUGCUAGGAAUCUUCUGACUCUGGACGAGAAGGAUCCCCGCCGUAUUUUCGAGGGUGAGGCACUCUUGAGGAGGAUGAACAGGUAUGGCCUGCUGGACGAAAGCCAGAACAAGCUCGAUUAUGUCCUUGCCCUCACUGUGGAGAACUUCCUCGAGCGCCGUCUCCAGACGCUCGUGUUCAAGGCCGGCAUGGCCAAGUCCAUUCACCAUGCUAGAGUUCUCAUCAGGCAAAGGCAUAUCAGGGUGGGGAGGCAGGUUGUGAACGUGCCUUCAUUCAUGGUGAGGGUUGACUCACAGAAGCACAUUGACUUCUCUCUCACGAGUCCUUUCGGUGGGGGCCGUGCUGGAAGAGUGAAGAGAAAGAACCUAAAGGCGGCAGCAAAGAAAGCCUCUGGUGGUGAUGGAGAUGAGGAAGACGAAGAGUGA